CUCCGCCUAUAGGAAAUGUCUGAAGAUUCAGAUUUCACUACCCCGGAUGAAACAGGGCUUACCAAACCACAAAAAGUGGUUUUGUCUGAGGCUUGGAGCAUAAUAAAGGAAGACAUGGUAACACACGGUACAAACAUAUUUGUCCGUUUCUUCGAAGAGCACCCCAACUACUUGAGCUAUUAUGAUUUUUCACACGACUCGGAAGCUACCGAAUUGAUGGAAAACAAAUCGCUGCAUGCUCAUGCUUUGAACGUUAUGCAUCUACUCGGAGCAUUGAUCGAUUAUGGGUUCGAUAAUCCUGUUAUGUACAAAAGCAGUCUAGCGAAGUCUGUUAAAAACCAUAGAAGAUAUCACGUUACUAAAGCCGACGUGAAGAUAGUUUGUGGCGUAAUCACCACGUACUGUAUGCAGGCCUUAGAGGAUCACAGUUCUGAAAUGUUAGUCUCAGCUUUUGCAGCAUUCAUGGAUAGUAUUAUUGCUGCCUAUGAUUAACCGGUUUCGA